UCCUCUGUCAACAAAACACCCAACUUAAUCUAUUUCCCUUUUUGAGAGAGUAAAGUAAAGAAAGAAUCGAAAAAAUGUUCGGAGGCAGUCAAUUGGACUCAUUUUCUGGCGGAGGUUUUAUGCCUUCUCAAUCAACUCAAGGCUCCGAUCCUUCACGCACUUCCGCUAAGAGUCGUGAUAACCCACCUCUGCUUCCGCUAACAGUGAAACAGAUAAGCCAAUCAAUACAAUCAAGUGAUGAGAAAUCUAACUUUGUUAUUGAUGGUGUCGAUGUCAAUAAUGUGAGAUUGGUCGGAUUGGCAUUUAAAAAAUCCGAGAGAGUGACAGAUGUGACUUUUACAAUUGAUGAUGGCACUGGUCGCAUUGAAUGCACUAGAUGGGUGAAUGAUGCUGUGGAUACCAAGGAAGUAGAGGAAGUAUCGGAUGGGAUGUAUGUGCGGGUCCACGGACACUUGAAAGGUUUUCAGGGUAAAACACAGCUAGUGAUUUUUGCUAUCAGACCGAUUACUGAUUACAAUGAAGUUGCUACACACUACCUUGAAUGUAUCUAUGUCCAUCACUGCAAUAGGAAGCCACAGAGCGGUCUCUCUGUCUCCGCUCCCGGUCAAACUGAUGUGCUUGUAGCAGUUAGUGCCCCUUUAAGUGGAUUCAGUUCCAGUCAGUUGUCUGGACAUUUGAGCAUCGAUGGGCUCAAGGGCAUAGAGAAGGCAGUGAUCGAUUAUUUGGAACAGCCGUCAUCACUUUCACAGGAGAAAGGGAUACACUGGAAUGAAAUUGCUCAACAACUUAAAGUUCCUCUGGAGAAAAUCAAGGAAGCAAUAGCAUCUCUUGAAUCGGAAGGGCUGGCUUACUCUACCAUCGAUGAAUGUCACUACAAGUCAACAAGUGCUUAAAGCUUUGCUUAAAUGCUCAGGGAAUCAGGGGAAAGAUCAUGCAUUAUAGUUAAGCUUGCCCUCGUCAAAUAUAUCUAGUUUUAGUAACUGAUUUCUGUCAGUGUAGAUUCAUGUUGGAGUCGACUUUGAACGAACUAAAGCCUGUGAGAAGGUUUUUGUGUUUUUUGCUAUUUUUUUGGGUUGUAUUUGUUAGGGUUCGUUGAUCUGUUGCCACUCCUGUUUUGAUGUAAAGAAUUACCCAUGGAUAGGGGUAAACAGGUCUUUCGUCUUUCAAAAUCUCCACAAUGGCAAUGGUGCUUUCGGCAGACCUAGUAGUGGAGCAACCCAGUUGGAGCCCCUUUGGGAGCUCAAUGUUUUUUUCCUUCAUUCAUUAGUCAAACGAUAACCGUGUCUUUUAUUGAGAGCAUUGGUCAAUUAUUAGAUCCCUCUAUUACAAAGCCA